GAUGAGUUAUAAGCCAAUAUCUAACGAUUAGCAUCCCUUAGACAUAGUAGAUGAUGAUGGAGAAUUAGAUAUUGUACUUAAAAGGUAAGAAAAACCUAGGCCUAGUUAAAAAUCCUUUUUAAUCUGGAUUGUCAUAGUCACAUUUCUUGGUGCCAUUCUUAUAUAUAUUGGUUAGAGUAAUUCAACAGGCAAUGGAUAAAAUAAAACUGGCAAAAAUAAAAUUUAAAAUUAUACAAAAGUAAAUAAAACAAGUAAUACGUGUUUUAAUUUAAAGUUAUUCCUGAUCACAAUGAUAAAAUAAUGGACUCUAAAGAAGAUUAAAUUUAACUUGAAGAUAAUAAUUUAAUUGAUAUAAAUAUGAGAAAUGAUUCAUAAAAAAAAUCAGAAAAUAAUAAUUAAACAUAGAAUCAAACAACUAAAGAAGAGGAUAAAUAAGAAAAUUAAGAGGAAGAAAAUAAUAUAGAUUUUGAAGGUAAAUAAAUAAAAAACCAUAAAUUUUAGAAUUAUAAAAAUAAACAGAUUAAUUAAAUAAAGAAAUAAAAGAAUAUUAUAAAAAUAAGAAUGAAACAUAGAAUGUAGAUAUAAUUAAUGAAGUUUAAAAAGAUCCUAGAUAUGGUGAAAUACUAUGUGAAAGUGGUUAUUAUAUGAAUAAAGAUGAAAAGAAAUGUAAAAAAUGUGAAGAUAGAUGUGCUGAGUGUAUGCAUAUUAUUGGAACUUGUUAUAAAUGUUAAAAUGAAGUAUCAAUUAUUCAUAUUAAGAGUACUACUUAAACAAUUAUGGUAAAUGUAUCUAAAAAUGUGAAGGAAAACAUGAUUCAAGUAAUCUAUUAUUAUCAGAUGAUAAUAAAAAUUAAAGCAUUCCUAUUUGUUUAGGUAAUAAUCAAACUUCUUCACUUUUUAUGUCAGUUUAAAAGUCUAAUAAUACUCAUUUUGUUUUACCUUAUUUGAUCAUUCAUCCAGCUACUACUGUUUCAUUAAUGUAUCAUAACAAUUAUCCUCUUGUUUAUUAUUUUAAUAAAGACAUCUUCAAUUUUGAGGAUGAAAUGAAAUUGAAUGAUAUUAUCACUUAAGCUUAAGAAAAAUAAUUGAUCGUUAUAAUAAUAGGAUCUCAUACUUUAUAUGAUUUCUCAUUAUUCAAUAACUUUUUAUUUUAAGAGGCCUUAUAAAAUAUUGAGCAUUUAGUUAAGGCCAAAAGUUCAACUUUUAGAUCUUUUUUUGGUUAAGAUUACAAUGCAUAUGGAGUUAUUAGAGAAUAUUAAUCAUAGUACAAAAAUAAUUCUGUUGAUUUAGUAAUAUCAGAUGAUCCUGUAGAAAUAGAUCAGUAUAUCAUUUAUCCAUAUUAAUAGUGAAUACUUGGAAUCUAAUUUAUUAGUGACUCAUGAACAACAUUAUACGGAUUAUAAUUUUGAAUCAUUAUAAGGAGCUUAAUCAUAAAAGACUACUGUAAUUUUGUUAUUCCACACAAAAAAUGAAUAAGAUCAAAAGGAUUAUUGUUCAAGAUUUCUUUAUGUUUCUUUCUUGUAAUGUGCAGUUAGAGAUAUUUAAAUAGAUCACAUUUAAAGAAUGAGAUAAGGAUUUGAAUUAAUUUCAUAAUUUGUUGUAUAACCAGAUUUAUGA